UUUUAUUUUUUAAAAAAACAUACGGGCCUUGGACUCUCUCGAUCAGAAAAAGAAAAGGAAUUCGCACCAUUUUUCCACACCCAAACAUUCCCUGGAAUUUGAAAUCCUGAGCCAGAAAAAAAAGAAGACGAAAGAUUCAGACCAGUUCCGAGGGUUUGGUAUUGCAAUUUGGUACCAGAUUCACUUACCUGCGUCCAUGGCCCGUGCACGCAAUCUAAUGGUUGCUACGGGUUUACUUGCUUUCGCUGCAGCAGGCAUGGCAUUUCCCUUCUACAUGGCUUCAUCAAGGAAUCCUGUUAUUGACCCAACAAAGCCACUUCCACCACAAGCCACUUUUCGAGGGCCUUACAUUAACACAGGCUCGCGUGAUGUUGGUCCAGAUGCUGGUCCCCAGAAGAAAUGAAGCAAGUUGAGUUAGAUGAUCAAACUCAUAUGCUUGUUGUUUGAAGGAAACUUUUUGACCCCAGUUUGGUGGAUCAUGACUUUAAGCACACCCUUGAAACCGAGAAAGUAGGGAAGUUUUUAUUUUUCCUGGAAGAGGUUACUCAAUCUGUAUCUAUGGUUUAUGUUAAAUUGUUCAUCUUAGCUGUUUUAAUAAAAAGAUGAAUACUGUUAUUUAUGGUGUACUGGCUGUUUUCUCUUGUGACCAUACAUUACAACGACAACUAUAACAACAAAAGUCUUAUCUAAUUGGGUGAACUCAGUUACAUAGAUGACUUGAUACCAUUUGGUUUGAUUGAAGACCAAAUCCUCAGAGAUAUGAUUUAUCAUGAGAUAUUGCUUAAUAACUUCCUUCAA